AUUCAGUCAAGUCUUAGGGGCGGGAGCAGAUCCCUCAUACGGCAAUGCCUUGUUGGUAUUCAAAGUACUGCCGACUGUAACAGCAAGUCAUUCACAACAGGUGAGCAGGUUUGUACAGUACAAGAGCUUCAGCACAUCAACACUGACCGAACAUGAAACACAUUCUACUACUUCUGCUGCUCAUCCUCCAGACCCGCAACAUUCACAUGGACCGAAUUGAGAGGAACAAAGAUUGUGCAUGGCGUUGUUCUGAGGGUCUACAUUGUAAACCCAGAGCUUACUCUCCACUGUCAGUAUCUCACUGCAAGAAUCAACCUGUCAACAGCAUUGUAUUCUCUAAUGUGACUCUGUCCACUGUAUUGGGAUGUGAGGGGAGGACAUGUUCACUGCAACUCAGGAUUGCAACCUCAGUGAAUAUUACCAGUGAGAUCCGUGGAGUUUCAGUGUGUGCCGACUCUGCGGGGAUGAUGGGACAUUGUCAGAUUUAUAAAUUUGGCCAAUUUGCCCACAGAAAUGAAAUAGGAAAACAGGUGGAUGUGCAGUUCAAGUGCAUCCCUGUUAGACCUGGACAGCAUUUGUUUGUAACUCUCAAAACUGUUCCAAACUACUGUAAGGCCAUGUGGAUACAAGGACACCUUGUUCCCGAUUGCAGUCAUGAAGGCAUCAGAAAUGAAAUUGCAGAGUGCAUCACUGGAAAACUGGUGUAUACCAUAGAUAAAGUAAGGAGGGAGAUAACGGUGUCAGUGACUCAUGCUCCUGAGGACACAGACUAUACUCUCAGGCUCUGCCAUAAACGUGGUAUCAUUUGUGCAGGGGAAGGGACACUCAAAAUGAUCAAACCACAAAAUUCACACAGAAACGUGUCUUUUCAGUAUACCAAAGCCCUACCCUGUUUGUGCAUUGAGGGCUGGCCGGCCAGAGUUGAUGCACGGAGAGUUCAAUUGUGUCCAUUCAGAAAUAAUUUGGAGGAGUUGUGGUCUGGGAUAACCUAUGACCCAUACAAGGAAGAAUUGAAAUGGGAGCCUUUAUGUCCUGUCAAAGUGUCGGUUUCUCUUUGCCAUGCUGAUGAAGGGAAUAGCUGCCGGGACCUUGGAAAUGUUUUCUAUUCCGAGGGACAAAAAGUGAUAUUCUCUUCUGUGGAUCCACACCCUAUGCUUUGCACGAAGUUUACCACUGAUGUCGAGACAUGGAUAAAGUGUCCUUUUGCCAAAGGGAAUUUCUCAGUUUGGAAGGCGAAGAUGGCAUCCAGGGAUGGUCAGCACUGGGCAGAGAUAUCAUCAUGGGUCAAAGCCAACUUUUCUGUUGCUCUCUGUGAAACAAAAUCAUUCACUCAGUGCAAACGAAUGGAGAGAAACAUAUCGCAAACCAUAUCUGUGGACAGCAUGAAGCACACAGUUUUCAACUUGUCUACAAGUGCGUGCGAUGUGUGUGUUUGCAUCCAGGUCCAGAGGGUGGAUGUUCAGUUUGCAGUCCCUGAUAUUCAGUGUAACUUGCAGUGUUCAAAUUGGUGCAGUGACCCGAAAAGAAGUUACAUUCAAGAAGUGGAGAAGGUCAUCAUGCCUGCUGUCGUUUUUCUGACAGUGAUCGUGGCAGCUGCCUUACUUGGCAAAAUGACGAUUAGAGAUGCGGGCAAGAGAAGAACAGUGUGGACAAAACUUGCGUGUCAGGGACAGUAGAGACAGUAACAUACAGCAAGUGAGGAUGUGGAUUGUGGGACAGUUCUCAAUGCAUGGCUCUAGGUUUUUGACUAUAUUAUAAGGAUCAAAGCUUCAGCAUGACAGCAUAAUCCUUACAUCUUGUCUGAUGCAUGCAUGAAUGCUGUAAAGAUGAGAAAUGAAUAUAAAUACAUUUGUUAUGUAUGUAUGGACAUUAACAGUAUCAUUAAUAAUUGGGCUGACUGCAACAGCUGCUGUAAGUGUUUAUAAUGCACAAGAAUAUUCUUAUGCCAAACAAAUAAUUUUGCACAUAAUUUUUAAAGGUGAAGAGUGUUAUUUAUGUAUGGAAGCCCAUUUCUGCCACAUAAACAAUAUUUUUUAAAAAUCAUGCUUUGGUAGAUCAAAAUUAUUUACAAAGUCUUUAUUUUAUGAUAAAAAGUCAUAAUUAUGAGAUUAAAAAGUCAUAAAUAUGAGAUAAAAGUCAUAAUUAUGAGAUAAAAAAUUGGAAUUAUGAAAUAAAAAGUAAUUUCAUUGUUAUGAUUUAGUAGGCCAUCUCAUAUUUAUGACUUUUUUUUUUUUUUAUCUCAUAAUGAUGACAUUUAAUCUCAAUGUUAUGACUUUGUAACUCAAAAUUUUGGUUUACCAAAGCAGGAUUUUCUUUCUCUAUGUGGUGGAAAUGGCUUCCAUACACUUAUGUAUAACUAGUCACCAAACAGAAUUGCAAAAAAUAAUUUCCUGAAAACUUCCGCCGUCUUCCAUUGAUUGCCUGAACAGAUCCUUUCCCAAACUCAUGAGAUUGGUUGAGCCAAUUUUGCUGCAUCGGGCUGGUCAGGAUAGCCACAGAAACAAAGUUUUUACACUUUUCAGUUUACAAAUGACUUGUAGCUGUCUCUGCCUAAUAAGCUUGAAUGGGAGACAGUAUUUUAACACUGGAAUAAAAUACAUACUUCACCUUUAAAGCAUAUAUAUAUAUAAACCAUUUGUUAUUUAUAUAAGGCUGAGCUUAAUUCAUUUGUCAUUUAAUUCAUUCAGUUUUUCCUGCCUUUGCAUAAUCACAUUUUGUUGUAAGCUACCUUUUUUGUACAGCAGGGGGCAGUGUUAGUCAGAAAUGAAUGUAUGUCAUUUCUUUUUUGCUUGUGUUUAUAUUUCUCUCACAUAAUGCUUGAAACUAGGUCACAAAUGGGUGGUCAGCUUACAGACACUUGAAUAACCCUGUAUAUCAGUUCUCUGCCAUAGAAGCUUUCGUGUUUAACUGCGACAGUACCCUGUGCCCAUCAUCAAGAUUCAAUGACACACUUUUCUCUGCACCCAAGGAAAAAAACAGUGGAUGAACAGAUACUGUAUAGCAUUCCUCGAUGCUGCAGCUGCGUACUGUUGUGAGCAGCUGGGUGGAUUCGGCGCUGGGAUUUGCUGAUGAAAACAUUCCUGAAAGAUAGAGUAAAGCCCAGACAAUAGAGUUCAAUCACAGAUAUAGGACAAACACAACAAAGCUGUGUGUGCGUUAGUGCUGCCAUGUUUUUGAUGGGGGUAAACACUUUUAAACAAGCCCAUGUGAACUAGUUGGUCCCAAUGACCUCAUCGUUGCGUCCAGACUCCACCUGCUGUCUGCAAGUCUUCAGCUGGGAGCGAGGCAUUCCACUUUGAUCCUUUCCAUACGUUUAGUCACAGUUCCUUGCCAGACCACUACCUCUUCUGUACCUCCCUGAAAGAAUGUUUGGCUGGUUGUGAUUUGCCUCGUGAAAUAUUUUUGGGCUACAACAUGAUCAAUGAACAAAAGACACCACGCCACAUCAUAAGGGAGUUGUGUGGUGUAGUGGUUAAAGCUCAGGUCUGGUAAUGGGAAGGUUUUGGUUUGAUUCCAUGCAGAAGCCAUCAUUAAACCCUUGAGCAAAGCACGUAUUGUUAGCUGCAGAGGCACAUUCACUUACCAUCUGAUGCAUAUUCCACACAAAAAUGGCAAGCAAUUUCUUUAUUUGACAAACUAAUCAUAUUGGCUAUAAUAUAUAAUUUCAUGCAACGUUUGGGAGUAAGGGCACAUCGUUUUUGUCAGUCUGCCUAGAAAUAAAAUUGUGUUUACAAGGUACCGAGUUGCUACAAUGAGUUCUUUGGAGGAAGAAUAAAUAAAAAAUGUUACAU